CUCUACUAUUGCACUUCCGCCUAAAGUCUUUUUUUCCACUAGUUGAAGUUCUUGAAGAUGGUUGAACUCAUACCAUUGAUCCUCACCAGCGUACCAGUACGUUAUCGAGUCCGCCGUCGUCGCAAAUCCUUGGUACUGCCAAAUUCGGGCGCAAGCAGUGCUCCGAAACUGCGAGUUCGUGCGCGAAGCCAGCAGCAUCCAAUACAUCACGCAGAACUUUCAAUACAGUUGAACUCCGCAACUGAUCUUCCGUCUUCUAUUUCAAUUGGCAAGGAAGUUCUCAGCAAUCCCAACCCAGCUACCAACAUCGAGGAAACCCAGGCUUCGUUGAAGUCGCACAAUCGAAGUGCCAGUUCCAUGACACACAGUCCGAAGUCAGGCGAGAAGACAGUCGCUCAACUCAGGCAGCGUUUUGAGCGACCGUCAAACCAUGGUGGUAGUCAAAUUGGGGCAGAGCCCACUCGAAGGCAUCGAAGGAGCAGAUCCAUCAUGUCGACCUUUGUGCCUAUUGUGCCUCCUGCUUCUGAACAGCUCAAAGAUGUCGAGACUAGCCCUCCAGUUGAAGAUUACGUGUUACCGGCGUUCACCUUCAAUCCAGCAUCUGAGCUAUCUCUACAAACACCGCCUUCAGCGUCGGCGGAUGAAUUUUUGCGGUCAACUGAUGCAGAGGUGCUUCAACCGACUGUGUGCACUGGCGAAUAUACCAUCCGUUCAAGCUCGAAACCCGAGGAUUCGUACGAUGUCCGGUCUACUUUGGGCAAAGAAGGUACUGCCGAGAAUCGGGUAGAGGUCGAAAAUGACCAGAACUCAUCAUACCAGAAAUUAGCGGGCCAUGAACAUGGUGUCAGUAUCAUCGACUUCGCGUACGUGUAUGUUGCGACAAAGCCACCACCACCCAUCUCCAGCAGAAAGCAUGUGCGCUUCGCUUCGAAGUCGGAGUAUGCUCCUUCCGCGCAGUACAAGUCCAGCUCAGAUGACUCAACCCAGAGCUCGACACAAGACCUGGUCGACCUUGGUGACUGCGAGCCCCAGCCCAUUCCGCACAGCUUCAAGUUUCGAGUUGAGAAGCAUGAUGACAGCUCGAGUGAGGAAGAGAAACAGCUGCUGCUGCUGCUUCCUGCCUCAGUGUAUGUACCUCCAGCCAUGUUGCACGAUGGUGCUGCCCGAGAGUCUGAAAGUGUGCCGGUGACUGCAGGACCACAUGUCAUGUGGGAUGUUCAUGUCCAAGCUGGAAAGUACGGAAGCCACCAGAGCCUGACUGGACCAGGUCCACUGCCUUUUUCCGUAUCCAUAUGUACGCUACUGGGGCUUCAGCCAGGCGGUGCUGAGCAGGCCUCGGACGAUACGCCAGCCAUCGAGUUUCAACUCCAAAACGAGCAGAGCUCGAGUGAGGAACAUCUGCCACUGCUUCCUGCUUCCGUGUAUAUACCAACAGGCUCUGCAGAUGGGCAUGUUGUACAACAAAUUGACGAUAUGCCAACGAUCGAGGGAGCUCAGGCCAACACAGACAGUCUGCACGCCGACAAGUGUGACGAAACGUCACAUAUGCCAGCUCAAGUAGUUGCGCCUGUUACACAAGCUAUCGACACUCCUGGGAAGACCACCUCUUUCACCAGUGAGCACCAAGUCGAACUCGGCAACCGAAUGCCGGCAGAACAAGUCUUGCUUGCCGCUCCCGAUGAACCAGAUCAAACAGAACACCAGUCUCGAUCGAAGCCUUUCCGUAAGCGGCGCAAUUUCAUGGGUCGUCUGCUUGGACCCGCGGGUCGAACGGAGAGUUGUAACAAUAGCGAGGAAGGUGACAUAGGAGUUGGGAGACAAAAGUCACUUGGUCGUCGUCUGGGCAAGGGCGCCUUGCUACUUGUCAUGUGGAAAUGCUGGUGAGGGGUCGCUCGAAGCAAGCCAGGCUGGAGUCUGCGAGAAGCUCCUACGCUCACCCAGUCAACAUAGAAUACAUCAUCACUGAUUGUGAUUAUC